GAUUUGCGUGGCGAGGAUUGCCGGGACAUCGAGGAGUCGUUCAGGUGGUGCGUGCCGUACCUGAUGAAGGUCUUUGGGAUGCCCGAGAACCAAGAGAUGGUGGAAGGUUUGCGAAGGGAGUACCGCGACUCGAACGGCUACCCGUUCUCUAGGUGGCAGAUAGCAGAGGAGCUAUGCGAGACGGCUUUGAGCAGGUCGCGAUGGAGGAGGCAGGCUUUCUUCCACUACCUGAGCUCGGUGGACGACAACGGGUGGCGCAACACUGUCGACCGACACCUGGUGGUGGUGGAGAAAGCCAAGUUGCGCCAGUGUAUCUUUGAGGAGGAAGAAAAUGAGGCCGGUGGCAGGACGAGCCUGCAGAGCGACCUCAGCAAGGAUCUGCUGUACCUGCCGUG